AGAGGAAAUACAAUCAAACAGAGCAUAGACAAUGACAAUGCUAUGUAGAAUCUGCUAAUUACUGGGAAUCCAAGCCGUAUGCUGGCGGUGGAAUAUGCUGACCACAACACGUGAUCCACUAUUCUGGACACAAAAAUCCAGCAAAUCAUGUGAGGUUUUUUGUGUUCGUUUUCGUUGUCGGACUUUUGCCUUCUGACUCAGUUCAGUCAACAGCUUCACCACUUUUCUGCGCAUCAUCUAGAGCUGUAUUCUAGAGGACAAGAGAAGAAGUAUCUGAAGAUGUCCGCGGGACCCUUGAUUUGGCGGACGCUGCUCGGUCGUCGAACCGUUGGCGCGUCUGCUGCAGCGUCAGGGAUUAAGCAGGCAGCAAUUCGAAACUAUUCCAAUUCGUCGUCGUCGUCUUCAAAGGCCUUGCGGCCGACUCGUGGGCGAAAGCAUCCGUUGAGGAAGAGUGCGGGAGAGGAGGAGGCUGAGCGUCGGGAGCGGAUGAGAAAGAGAGAGGUUAUUCCUACGGGACAUUCUAGUUAUUCUCGUAUGUUUCUCCAUGUUUCCAUGUUUCUCUAUAUCUCUCUGUGUUGGUGGUUGCUAACAAAUCCUACUACAGAGCUUGCCUAUGACUCGUUCUUUGCUGGUUUCCGUCCGAUUCCUAUCAGGGCCCAGUCGGAACCCCAGCCGGAGUUUUUAGAUUUCGAGGCAUUCAAUUCUGAAGUGCCCGCGACGGAGAUGGACGAGCCAAUGUCGAUGACGAUGGAAUUUGAUCUGACUUCGCUUGACUAUCCGAUCGGAACGUUUUCUGCCAGCGGAGCGGUUCUUGACCCGGUGAUGGCGUCGAUUCCAAAGUCUGAGCUCGCGCACAUCCGCGGUAAUCUGCCUCCGGCCGCGCCGGGUGCCAGCAAUGCCGAGCACCGGUCUGCGUACGGCGAGGCUGCGAUGACGACCGUGCUUGAGAAGCUUACAGCGGCCGUGGAAGGGUCUGACAGCGAUACCCAGCUCGAUAUGGCGUCUGCGUUCAAGUGCUUGUUGAUGGCGAGUGCCAACGGGGAAGGAGUCAACGAGCUUGCGCGGCGCAUGGACGAGCGAUUCGGGUUGCAGCUUAUGGGACUUACCGACAACGGGGAGGUUCUUGAGUUUCUGAGGCCUUUGAACCCGCCGCGUGUGCACCGACGAUCGGUGAGGGACGCGGGCGAGCGCGGGAUGCAGCUGACCAGUGUUGUGCGGAAGCGGAGGUUGAAGAUGAAGAAGCAUAAGCUGAAGAAGAGACGGAAAGCCGAGCGUGCUUUGAGACGAAAGCAGGGUUAAGGGGGAGGUCUCUUGUGUAUAUAGUUGU